AAUAAUUUCCAUGCCAUCUUCUUCAUUUUGGUCUCCCAACAGUCCCCUACUCACACAUCUGAUCUACUCCACCCCACCCCCAAAUCAGGCUCUGGUCCCAAUUUUCCACUGGAUCUCACUUCCCCCACCCCACAAAUUUAUACUUCUCAAUCAACCUAUACAUACAGAAUCUAUAUAUACACUUUCGGAAUCCCUUUUUGAAUCAUUAGUAUCUGUAAAUUAUCAAGUUUGGAUUUUGUGAUUGUAAUUGGGUAGAAUUUGAUGGCUUCCGCCAGCAAUCAGAACCCACCAGGCGGAGGUCCGUUUGAUAUGUUCAAACUAUUGAAACCUUCUACUCCGCCACCACCCAAUUCGACUACUACUGCAAACCCUAAUCCGCCAAACCCCAAUAGUAAUAUUAAUACUAGCAUUAGUAACCCUAAUUUGAUUUCUUCCCCUUUCUCACCCCCAUCAGCCUCUUAUCCUCCACCUACUGGCGGCGUUUCUGGUGGUGGGACAUACUCAUACGCACCUCAGAAUUCCCCCUUUCAGUAUUUCAGUCACCUCCCUAUGUACAGUACUCCUAAUCCUACACCACCACGCCCGGACUUUACUAACAUGAACCCCCAGAGGUCUAUGUCUUAUCCCACACCCACGCUCCAACCCCAAGUUCAACCUCCUAAUACUCCACACCACCAGAAUUUCCAAAACCCCCCAAAUUCUCAAAUAACUAACAAUCAUGGGCCGAGACUGAUGGCCUUGUUGCCUUCCACCCUUGAUGUCCCGCAGCAGCAACCCGUCAUGCCAAUGCCCCUAAUCCACCCAACCUCCUCUGCAGGGUCUGAUUUCUCGGUCCCCCAGAAUGCGAACUCGUUGCCUUCGGGACCUAGCCUUGGGAUUCCACAUCAGGGUGCCAUGAUGCGGAUGCCAAGCAGUAAGCUUCCCAAGGGGCGGCAUUUGAUCGGGGAUCGUCUGGUUUAUGAUAUAGAUGUGAGGUUGCCCGGCGAGGUGCAGCCUCAACUUGAGGUUACUCCCAUUACAAAGUAUGGGUCUGAUCCAGGUCUCGUUGUGGGCAGGCAGAUUGCGGUUAACAAGAGUUAUAUAUGUUAUGGGCUUAAGUUGGGCGCUAUCCGUGUGCUAAAUAUUAACACUGCUUUGAGAUCAUUGCUUAAGGGUCUAUCUCAGAGGGUCACAGACAUGGAUUUCUUUGCCGAGGAUGUCCACCUUUUGGCUAGUGCAAGCGUUGAUGGCCGGAUUUAUGUGUGGAAAAUUACCGAAGGUCCAGAUGAAGAAGACAAGCCUCAAAUUACUGGAAAGAUUGUUAUUGCCAUUCAAAUAACUGGAGAAUGGGAGUCUGUUCAUCCAAGAGUUUGUUGGCAUUGUCAUAAACAAGAAGUUCUUGUGGUGGGAAUUGGCCGGCAUGUUUUAAAGAUUGACACUACAAAAGUUGGAAAAGGAGAAGUGUUUUCGGCAGAAGAACCCCUCAAAUGUCCCAUUGACAAGUUAAUUCAUGGGAUUCAACUAGUUGGUAGCCAUGAUGGAGACGUGACCGACUUAUCCAUGUCCCAGUGGAUGACCACUCGUUUGGUCUCUGCCUCAGUAGAUGGCACGAUAAAGAUUUGGGAAGAUCGCAAGUCCCUACCAAUUGCAGUUCUCCGGCCACAUGACAGCCAACCUGUUAAUUCUGUCACAUUUUUGGCUGCUCCUAAUCGCCCAGAUCACAUCAUACUUAUUACUGGGGGUCCUUUGAAUCGGGAACUGAAGAUAUGGGCAUCUUCAAGUGAAGAAGGGUGGUUACUUCCUAGCGAGGCUGAAUCGUGGCGCUGUACUCAGACAUUGGAAUUGAAGAGUUCGGCGGAGAUGCAAGUAGAAGAAGCGUUCUUUAAUCAAGUUGUAGCUUUGUCACACGCUGGUCUUCUUUUGCUGGCAAAUGCCAAAAGGAAUGCUAUAUAUGCUGUGCACUUAGAAUAUGGCCCUAACCCAGCAGCAACCCGAAUGGAUUACAUAGCAGAAUUCACUGUCACUAUGCCAAUACUGAGUUUUACUGGGACGAGUGAAGUACUACCUCAUGGUGAACAGAUUGUUCAGGUGUAUUGUGUCCAGACUCAGGCUAUUCAGCAGUAUGCUUUGGACUUAUCACAAUGCCUGCCACCCCCAAUGGAUAAUAUGGUGUUUGAGAAGUUGGACUCUAGCAUCUCAAAUGAUUCUAGUACUAUUGAAGGGCUUGCCAAUUUGGGGCCUUCUGGCAAUAAAUCUACUGAAACACCUUUGUCUAGUUCAACAACAAAACCAUCUGAGCGUGAAAAUGGUUCAGAGAAUGCAUCUUCGGAGAGAUACCCCAUCAGUGCUGCUUCUGCUGAGUCACACACCUUACAAGAGUUCUCUACUCCGAAUAUAGAAAUCAAACCAGUUCCUUCAUCUCUAGUGACUAAUAUUGCUGGUGUUUCUUCUGUUGCUUCACCUCCACUUCCUUCGAGCCCCAGGUUGUCCAGGGAACUUUCUGGUUUUAGAAGUCCGUCAAGCUGCUUUGAGCCUGUUCCUGUGGUGAAUGAUCGUGAUGCAGAUCCUAAAGUUGUCGAAUAUUCAGUUGACGGACAAAUGGAUGCUGUUCAUGCAAAAUCGUCUGAUGGUACUUUAAUGGAUGGUGAUCCGAUCAAUGAUGAAAAUAAAAUUUCUCAAGAUGAUAUUUCCUCGUCUCCUGAGCAGCAUAGUAAGUUUAAGCACCCCACUCAUCUGGUAACUCCUUCUGAGAUAUUGAUGGCUAGUUCAUCUUCUGAAGUGAACCGUGCUAAUGAACCCAAAAGUGAUCAUGAACUAAACAUUCAGGAUGUGGUAAUUAGCAAUGAUACACAAAAUAUGGAGGUGGAAGUCAAAGUUGUAGGUGAUACAAUAUUUGCUCAAAAUAAUGAUAUUGGUUCACAAGAAGAACUUCACAAUUUUGGGUCAGAGAACAAGGAGAAAUCCUUUUAUUCUCAAGCCUCUGAUCUAGGAAUUGACAUGGCUCGAGAAUGUCAAGCAUUACCAGCUGAUACUUAUAUAGUAGAGGAAACUAGACAGUUAGAUGGGACUGGUGGAAGUGAGUCUGUAACCCAACCUUCAACUCCAGAUGAAGAAGUCCAUGACUCUACAAAGGAAGUAUCUAAGAAGGUUGCCGAUUCGUCAUUACCUAUGCCAGUUCAGCAACCACCUGUGCCAAGUACAAAAGGGAAAAAACACAAGGGAAAAAGUACUCAAGGAUCAAGCCCAUCUUCACCAUCACCUAGUGCUUUCAAUUCAACAGAUUCUUCUAAUGAACCAGGCGUCAACUCAAGCAAUCCUUCUGUAGAAACUGCAUUUGCACAAGUUUUGUCCAUGCAAGAGAUGCUUAAUCAGCUUGUUGCUACACAAAAAGACAUGCAGAAGCAGAUGACAGGGAUGGUUGCUGUCCCAGUUACCAAAGAAGGCAGAAGACUUGAGGCAGCACUGGGACGAAGGAUGGAGAAGGUUGUUGAGGCCAAUGCUGAUGCUAUGUGGGCUCGGUUUCAGGAAGAGAUUGCAAAACAGGAAAAGGCAUCACGGGAUCAUACACAGCAACUGACAAAUAUGAUAAAUAAUUGCAUAAGCAUGGACUUGCCAUCAAUUGUUGAGAAAACUUUCAAGAAAGAAAUAACGGCAGUUGGACAAGCUGUAGCACGCACAAUUAUUCCCUCUAUUGAGAAAACAGUAUCCACAUCAAUCACAGAGGCCUUCCAGAAAGGAGUGAAUGAUAAAGCUGUGAAUCAAUUGGAGAAAUCGGUCAGCUCUAAACUAGAAGCCACAGUUGCUAGGCAAAUCCAAACUCAAUUCCAAACUUCUGGCAAGCAAGUACUUCAGGAAGCUUUGAAAUCUAGUUUGGAAGCUUCUGUGGUACCUGCUUUUGAGAUGUCAUGCAGAGCAAUGUUUGAGCAAGUUGAUGCUGCUUUUCAGAAAGGAAUAGUUGAACAUACCGCCACAGCUCAGCAACAUUUUGAGUCUUCACAUUCACCACUGGCAAUUGCUCUAAGGGAUGCUAUUAGUUCAGCAUCGGCCAUGAAUACUUUAAGCAGUGAGUUACUUGACGGUCAAAGAAAGUUGUUAGCAUUAGCUGUUGCUGGUGCCAAUUCUAAAGUACCAAAUCAUCCAUUGCUUAGCCAACUCAGUAAUGGUCCCUUGGGCGGUCUCCAUGAGAAGCUUGAGGUACCUCUUGAUCCAACGAAAGAGCUUUCAAGAUUGAUUGCUGAGCGUAAAUAUGAGGAGGCUUUCACUGCAGCCCUUCAAAGGAGUGAUGUUUCUAUUGUAUCGUGGUUAUGCUCUCAGGUUGAUUUACCUGGAAUUUUAUCGAUAAAUCCCCUCCCUUUGAGCCAAGGUGUUCUCCUCUCUCUUCUGCAACAAUUGUCUUGCGAUAUUAGCAAAGAGACACCUCAGAAACUAACAUGGAUGCGGGAGGUUCUCUCUGCCAUAAAUCCGACCGACCCAAUGAUUGUGGUGCACGUCCGUCCCAUAUUUGAGCAAGUAUAUCAAGUAUUGAACCACCAUCGCAACCUUCCGACCACUAAUGGCUCCGAGCUUCCCAAAAUUCGGCUGAUCAUGCAUGUCAUAAACUCCAUGCUCAUGACCAGUAAAUGAUUACAAGUAAAAGCACCGGGAUAAGAGAAAUACAGAGGACGUGGUGGAUUCGAAAUGUUUGUACAAAAUUCUAGAGAGUUUCAAGUCGAGGGAAUAAGGCGUGUAAAGUUGAACCUUUUUUUUUUUUUUUCGAUUUCUUUGGUUUUCCCCUUUCUUUCUUGAAAUGUGUAGAUGUUUGAGUGGACUUUUGGGUAUUUUCUGAUAGUAAUUUGUUUGGAUAAUGUGCAGUUUUGUACUUGUAUGACUUACCUUUGCAAUUUUAUAUGAAGUUGUGAUUUUCCCCAGUUUGCAGAA